AUGGAUACUAUAAAUAACUUCGCAGAAAAACUGGAAGGUAUACCAGGAUAUGACAUGGCUGUUGACUGGAUUAAUGAUAAAGUAGGUGAAAAAUAUCAAACAAAAGACCCAUUUUAUGUUGAAAUUCAUGGGAAGAAAAAAAGAAGGAAGGCUCCAGAAACUUGUACAAAACAAGAACAAAAAGCAUGGAAAAGAAUUAAAAAGAAAGCUUGGUUAGACGAUAGAAACUUUUUUGGAUGUUAUCCCAUUGAUCUAGGACUAGGGUUAGCUCCUUUAUUAGCUAUUUUACCAGUUAUUGGGCCUUUAAUGAUGUUUGCAGUUCAUGGAAGAUUAGUUAGUAUUGCAGAUCAAGAGUUUCAUUUAAGUCCAAAAUUAGUUACCCAAAUGCAUGGUAAUAUUGCAUUUGAUUUAUUAAUCUCAUUUCCUCCAAUUAUAGGUAGUUUAUUUGCUUGGUUAAAUGGAUGUUCAACAAGAAAUGCAGCUUUAGUUCAUACUGAAUUAGUCAAAAGAGAAAGACAAAAGGAACAAGAAAGAUUACAAAGAUUAAACCUACCAAAUCAACAAGCUCAAUUUCAUUCACCUGAUAAUUUAACAGGGACUCAUUCUUUCAAUUCAAACAAUAGAGCAAAUAUAGGUAUUGGCACAAACACCGGGGGUCAAACUUUUGAUUCAAGAUUUCAACAAAAUAAUAGACAACCAUCGAAUAUUCAUCAACCACUACCAACUCAAAAGUAUCAACAAUCUACAAUACAAACACGACCACAACCCCAGGCAGUACCAGUUGCAGUAGCACCACGACCUAUAGAGACCAAACAAAUACCUACAACAAGUCCUAUACGAAAACCUCCACAAGCUCAUUAUAUGACUGCUGCACCACAAUCUGCAAUGACUUACAACCAAUAUUCAAAUUUUGACCAACAAAUGAUUAGAGGUCGUCAUUAUUAG